AUGGCCUUCUUCCAGUGCACAUCAGACUUCUCCCCACUCUUCCGCCUUCUGGACGACUACGAGACCCACCUCUCCCGUCCCGCACCAACCAAAGCCUCCAGAUGUAAAUCGACAUCUACAUCUACUACUCGAACCCGCCGCACAGUCUUCAUCCCCGCCUUCGACGUGCGCGAGUCAAACGAUGCCUACCACCUAGACGGUGAGCUCCCAGGCGUAGACCAAAGCAACAUCGACAUCGAAUUCACAGACCCGCAAACUCUAGUCGUCAAGGGUCGCACCGAACGCAACUACACCUCCACAGUUCCAUCUGCCUCUUCGCCACAGAUCGAGGCUCGUGGCCAGGACACUCCCACCACAAGCGCUAGUCGCACCCCGUCUCCAUCAUGGCAACAGCCCACCGUCGAAGAUGAUGACGAAGACGAUGAUGGAAAUGUCUCCGACGCCCGCUCGUCAACUGCCAGCGUUCGCUCUGCGUCAAGCACCCGGUCAACAUCAGCCGUGAUCGUGGAGAAGCCUGCCCCCGCGCCUGCAGAAGAGUCUCCUUCAUCAUCUUCCACCCCCUCUACGGACCACUACUGGAUUGCAGAGCGGUCUAUCGGGGAAUUCCAGCGUACGUUCGCUUUCGCCGCGCGCGUGGACCAAGAUGGUGUUCGUGCCGCGCUGAGGAAUGGUAUCUUGUCUAUCGUUGUGCCGAAGGAAGCUGCGCCUAAGAUGAAGAAGAUUCGCAUUUACUAA